AUGCGAAGGGGCAGCCAGCACAGCCUUAUCGUGCAAGCAGCCGACGAGGCGGAGAAGUGCCAGGUGGACUCGUCCAGGCUCGAGGCGGCGAGGGAGACCCUCGCCGUCGAGGAGCCGCGGCAGAAGGCCCGCGACAGGCUGGCGGCCGCGGAGGAGGCCGGCGACGCGGAGGCGCUGCAGGCGGCCCUCGCGAAGGGCGAGAAGGUGGGCCUGCCCGAGGAAGAGCUGGACAAGUUCAGGGAGCUCCUGAACGCCACCCAGUCGAAGGAGAAGGCGGAGGCCAUGCUCAAGAGCGCUGCCAAGGAGAAGGAUGUGAAGAAGCUGAAGUUUGCCAUUCAGCAGGCCAAGGAGGCUGGAGUGGAAAAGGACGUCAUCAAGGAGGCCAAGGCCGUGCUCAAGGAGGAGCAGCCCAAGGCAGAGGCUCGGGAGCUGAUCAAGGAUGCCCUGGAGAAGGGUACCAUCGAGGCCCUUGAGGAGGCCGUGAUCGCGGCGAAGGAGGCCCCGCUUCCCAAGGACGAGUACAGGGAGGUGAACACAAUGUACAAGAGAGAAAAGGAGAAGGCGAAGUUGCUCAAGUCCGUCAAGGAGGCAGUGAGCGACGCUAAGAAGGCCGACAUGACCGACAUCGACUCCAUGAAGGCAGCGAAAGACAAGCUCGCCGCUGCGAUCACGGAAGCGCUGGCGGCCAGCGUGGCCGAGUCAGACCUCAAGGAUGCGGAGAUCAGGCGGAAGAAGCUGCACAACACCAUCGAGGACCUCAAGGGCUCCAUCCGAGUGUUCUGCCGCGUCAGACCGCUGAGCUCGAAGGAGAAGGAUCAGGGCGACACCAAGGUCACCAAGGCCAUCGACUCCAUGAACCUGUCGGUUGAAUCCGACUCUGGCGGCAGCAGCAAGUUCUCCUUCGACGCCGUGUUCACGCCUGGCACGCAGGACGACGUCUUCAAUGACUGCAGGGACCUCGUGCAGUCGGCCGUGGACGGCUACAACGUGACCCUCUUUGCCUACGGACAGACCGGCGCUGGCAAGACUUUCACCAUGUAUGGCACCAAAGGUCAGGAGGGUGUGGCCCCCAGAACCAUCCAGGAGCUCUACAGAGUGAUGGAAGAAGGCAAGGCCCGGUUCAACUACACGGUGAUGAGUUCGAUGCUCGAGCUCUACCGCAACGACCUGGUAGACCUGCUGAGCAAGGGCAACCCCACGGCCACGAAGGGCAAGCUCAACCUGAAGGUCGACAAGGCGGGCGCGGUGUGCGUGGAGAACCUGACCGAGGAGGCCUGCGAGAGUGCAGACGAGCUGUCCAAGCUCCUGGAGAGGGGCAACGCACAGCGGACCGUGGCUGCCACGGCGAUGAACAGCGAGAGCUCGCGCUCCCACCUGGUGCUCAUAAUCACGGUGGUCAGUGUCAACAAGGAGACCAAGGAGCGGCAGCGGGGCAAGAUCCUGCUGGUGGACCUGGCGGGCUCCGAGAGGCUGAAGAAGUCGAGCGUGGAGGCCGAGGGCCAGCAGGAGGCGAUCGAGAUCAACAAGUCCUUGACGGCCCUCGGCGACGUCAUCGAGGGCAUCACGAAGAGCCAGAAGGUGAUCCCGUACAGGAACCACAAGCUGACGCAGCUGAUGCAGGACUCCCUGGGCGGGAGCGCGAAGACCCUCAUGUUCGUCAACUGCUCGCCCGCCAGCUCCAACCUCGACGAGACCACGAUGUCUCUGAAGUACGCCACCCGGGCGAAGAACAUCACCAACACGAGCGGGGCCAAGGCCUCGGCCUCGAAGGCGGCGCCCGACGGGAAGGACCGGACGGGGGCGUCGGGGGCAGGGGAGGGCGAAGGGGCGGGGAAGCGGUGUGGGGAGGGGGAACGUGUCACGAGGAGGACGAGGUACCCAUACCUUUACCAUUUUUUCCAUUUCCCCCCUUUCUCAGCCUCCUGGGAGGCCCCCCCUCGUCGCCACCGCCGGAUUCGUCUCGAAGCUCCAGUCAGAACGCACUUUGGGAGAGGUCCAGGGAGUAGCAGUAUCGGUAGGUACCUUUUGGUUUCCCCGAUGUGUGGGGAGGAUUCUCCAGGAUUCUACAGGCCAAGCCUCCAGAUAUCCGACGCACGAAAAAAAACGCCACUACCCCCAGGCCUGUCCUGGGCGACUAGGUUUCACCUCCAAAUUUGUAGCUGA